CUCGAAAAUCUGUAAUAUUAUCAACAGAAUAUUAAAAUAAAAUGUUAUUGUUACUUUACGUUUUUGGAUUUUUUACCGUUCAAUUCAACACGUGUUCUACUCGGCGCAGGUAAAACGUUUUACUCUGCCACUAUUACUGUCAAAAAAAGAAGACUGCCGUUACUUUAUAGGUCAGUACAUCGUUUUCCGACGUACUGUUGUAUGAAGUAAGCAUUAUAUAUACUUAUAUAUUAUACUGUUUUAUAGAUGUUGCGGGUGUUCAAAAACCCUAUUCGUUAUUUUAAACGAUUUUAAACGAUUGCGCGUGUAUUUAGUUAAAUAUAUUUAUUGCAAAUGUAAAAUCUAUCCAAAAUAUUGCAGUAAAUACCAUAAAUCAGGUGUUGGACGGAAGUAGGUAUUUUUAUUUUUUUUCUAAUCAAUUGUAUACGAUAUUUUUUUGCUUGUUAAAAGAUUGUUUAGUUUUGGAAACCGAGUUUACGCGUAUUUGGAUUUCUUCCCCUUACUGUCUUGUUUGCUAUUGUAUGUAGGUAGAUACUAUAGAGAAGGAAUGGGAUUUAUGACCUUUGAAAUUUGGGGAUUUUUUUCACGAAUCCUACGUAAUAAUUUAUACCGUUCAAAUAAAUCAAGCCAUCAAUUUGUUAAGAUUCCAAACCAUUAGUAUAUUUUAGUAUAUUUUUUUUUUGGAGUUGUACUGCGACACUUUGAUAGUCGGUGACUAUGUUCUCAACAGAUUAGGUAUUUAAAAUAUUUAAAAACAAAUAACGAUAUACUUCAGUUUCAUUUUGUUGGAUUUUAGGUUAUACUAUACGGAAAUAAAACUCGACCAAAACCGUAUCAAAUAACCGAACCCUACUCAAAAUAAUUUUUGGCUAUACUAAGUUAUCAUAACUUGGACAGAAGACCUAAAGCAUUUUCUUAUUUAUUUCGCGAAGUUUUAAAAAUAACAUUUUACAAAAAUUACUAAAAAUCGUAAAUUAACUUAUUAAAAAUGUUAUUUUUUAGUGUCAAACAAAUAAAAUAUGUCGAACUAGUAUACCACUGAAAAAAUCAAUCAAAUUCAUUAAUCAAUCAUACAGAAAAAAAUGUUUGUUGACUUAACCGAAAUUAUAUGUGUACUAACUGUAAAAUGUAGUUUCAUAUGGUAUAGCCAUAUAUUUAGUUGCAAGUACCCUACGGUUCUAGUUGUAAGAUUAAUAGUUUAUUUCACUAAAAUAUGUAGUUAUUAAUUUUUUAAAUAAUAUUAUUUAAUUAAACUAACUAUUAUUGUAUAGUAAAUUUAUAUUAUCAUAUUAUAUUAUAUAAUAUUAUUAUACUAUAUUUUCAAUCAAAUUUAUGAAGCAUUUGUUUUUAAAAAGCUAAAAAAAAAAUAUAGUAGAUUUUCUAACUCUAUUAUUUAGUUUAAUUUAGACUCCCUAUAUAUUCCUAAUGUAUAAGAGUACUUACCAUUAAUUUUAAUAAAUACUAUUACAAUUACUAUAUAUUUAAUCUAUAACAACUUAAUUUUUAUUGGAAUUAUAACUGUAACUAUAAUAAUAUAUUAUUAACUUACCACUUUUAGGUACAUCAUUUUAUGGGUGACCAAGUAGCAAUAAGGAAGUAAUAAGGACCUGUAAAUAUAGGUAAUAUAAAUUUAAAAAAAAAAUCAGAUUCAUAAAGCAUAAUAAAAUAUUUAUUGAUAAAUACAUGUUUCUUUUUUUGUUACAUAUAAAUAUUUACAUAACAUUUUUUUAUUACAUGUGUUUGUAUAAGUAUAUAAGAUAAACUGUUUGAUAGAACAUAAUGAACAGUGGGUUGUGCACAGUCUAAAUUUUCAACUGAACAACAUAAUAAUUUAUCAGUUAAUGUACAUUAUAUGCUUGAAAAUGUUCAUCAAAAUAUUUAUUUUCAUAAACUGUACAAAUAAAAAAUAGUAUACCAUCAGUUUGAAUAAAUAUAGAUAUUAUUAGUCCAAAUAUUGGUAAUAUAUUUGGAUUAUUAUUGUAACUAAUUAGAACAGACAUGUUAUUGCAAUUGUAAGUGGUUCCUUUAAAAUUAACUCAUGAAAUAAAUAUUGCAUCUUUUAAAAAUUCAACUUUACUAUACUCGAGCCGCGUUGUUUCCGAAAGAAUUAUUUAAUGACCAAACUUUAUAUCAUUAAUAUUGUUAUUUGAUGACAAAACUCUAUAUACUAAACUAAAUUGGUGUUUCAAUGCUAAAGUAUAAGGAGAGUUUUUAUUAGAUGUAAUUGAAUUAGCUGUUUAUGUUUUAAUUCAAAUCUUACAAAUCAAAGUGAUGAUAAUGAUCCACGCUAUUCCAUAAUAAAAGGAUAGUGUAGCAUAUGAUGAAAUUUGGGUUUGAGGUUGGUGUUAAAUAAUUUAAUAUAUAACUCAUAGUGCUAUUUUAUUAAAACCUUACAAAGUUAUAUAUCUUCUACUUUGAGACAUUUUCCUUAGAGAAUAUCUACAAUUUUUUUAAAGUAAUAUAUAAACACUAAUAUUCUGAAUGUAAAGGAACUAAUUCACCAAUAAUCAAUGCUAAAUACCUUGUAAAACAUGACAUUUUAGAAGUAGAAAUCUUUAUUAUACUGCGUUUUAAUGAUUCGUUUUAUAAAAGUGGAGGUUUGUUACGAAUGUCAGUAGGUCUAUAGUUAAACGAUUCGAUUCUAUCAUUAAGAAUAUCAAUAGUUAAAUAAUUUAAAUUAUAUAUCAUCGUUUAAGCCAAUAUUGUUCUUGCAAACAUUUUCUAGGAUAUCAUAUAUUAUAUCAACAGCAACAUUUAUUUUACAUGAAAUGAGUUUUUUUGUUAAAAAUGCAAAGCUGUUUUAUUUCAGUGAGGGUUAGGUCAUUAAUUGGAACAUCAUCAGAAUAGUUAACUUUUUGAACUACAUUCCAAUUGUUUCAUAUAUUUAAUUACUAUUUCAAAAAAAUUACAAUCUUGUUAAAUUAUUUUUAGCACCGACCUCAAAGAAAUGAAAGACAUUUGAACCAUUUUUGGCUCAAAUAAAAUAUGACCUUUCAUCAUUCUAAUAUUUUAUUCACACUCAAUAUCUAUCAGGUCUAACAAAAACACCCAUUUAAUCUAAAGCUUUAAAGCUCAAAUGUUCAGAAUUUAUGUUAGAAAAGGGAUUUUCAAGGGUAUCAAACAUAAGUAAUAUAUCUUCAAAUAAAGGAAUAUCAAUAUUAUUUAGACUUAUAAUCUCCAGAAGUUUUUUUUUUAAUAGUGAUAAAAAUUAAUGAUAAAAUCGUUGAAUAUCAUCAAACUCUACAACAAUUAGGCUCCAAACAUUUAAACUUGUCAAAGAUUUUUGAUCAUGAAAAUUUUUUAAAUUAAUGAUUAAAUGAAAAUUUAAAUUGAAUGUAUUUUUACACAUAAAACACAAAGGCAUAAUUGAGUAUUUGAUAUGUGUUUUUUAUGUAAAUAUAUUAUAAAAAUAGAUAAUAUGUUAAUAAGAAUAAUAAAAAAAAAGUAAUAUUUUAAGUUUUCUUACAUUGCAGGGUUAAGUAGUUAAAACAAGAUUGAAGUUAAAUUAAGAAAGAUAAAAAUAAAUCUUUUUAAUUAUAUAAGUAAUAUAUUUUCAAACAAUUCAGUUUAACUAAUAACAAUAACAUACAGCUAUAACUUUAAUCCAAAUUAAACCAUUUUAUUGUAUCUAAUAUGUAAUAUUCAAUUUCUCUAUGUACUACUUCUAAGUCACGCACUGGCUAUAACAAAUUUCUAGCUUUUCAGACGGAACUGUAAAUAUAUAACUGGCUUUUUUCUUUGCUAUUAUGCCCCUUUCUAAAUAUUCAACAAAUUAUAAAAUUAGGUAAUAAAUAUUUGUAAAUUAAUAAAACAUAAGAAAUUGAAAGAAUUUAGUGUUAACUUAAACCUGUGAAUCGGUUAUAAUACUAAUUAAAUUUAGACUUGAUGUUCAUUGAGGAAACAAAAUUUCAUCAGAAAACUGCACUUUUGGUAGGUUCUUAAAUUUCAAUUAACAUCUGAGUAAUGUCUCCAUUGUAAGUUACUAAAUGUUUGGUACAUAUUUAAUUUGAAAAAUAAAAUUCUAAUAUUAAUAUUAUUUUAAUAACAGAAAAUUUAAAAUUGUACCAUCUUUCUGUGGGUGUAAUGUAGAAAUGUUAUAUGUUAAUACUUUAGAAACUCCCUAAUGUUGAAUACAAUGAUUAAGCAUAACAUAGAAUUAUAAUUAAAAUAAAACAAAUUAUGUAAAUGUUGUAAGAAUUGUAUCAUUUGUUAAUCUAGGCUCUUAUCGCUAUAUUCAACCCACUUGUCCUUUUACAUCUUUUUUUAUAUCUUUUAGAUCUUUUUCCAAUUAUAGAAAUAAGCUAUUUGAUCAUUUAUUCGGUUAAAUUUAAUUAUGAUUUAUGAAUUAAAUCAAUGGUUUAAUUUUACUCACUAGAUAGAUAAUAGAUUUUCUAAUUAUGAAGACAUCUAAAUAAUUGUUAUAUUUUCCAGUAGGUUUAUAUACAUACAGUGAAACCUCCCGUAAUGGCCACCUCAAUAAUAGAGGAAAAUUUUUUGGGAACAGGGAUAUUUUUAUUACUUUUCAAUGGGAAACUCUCCAAAUAACGGACACCUAUUUUAAUCUUAGUUUUAAAACAUUGACAAAACGAUAACAAAAACACACUCUCAAUACAAAAUUUACUACUUUAUCUACUCUUCAAAAUUUCACAUUAUGAGUUUACGGGACACAUUGGCUGCUGUUAAGGACAUCGGUCGUUUCAUAUCUUCAAUAAAGGUAGAAAUUAAUAGGUAAUAUUUUCUCUACUAGUAUAACUUUGGCAAAUGAACUUACUAACGAAAUUAUACAAAGACAGCAUAAUUAUAAACAAACCAAACUGACAGAUUAUUCCCUCAUCAAAUUUAAUUUUAUAUAAGUAUGUACCUAUUGUGUCUUUUUUUACAUUUGUAUUAUUACUAUACAAUAUACAUACAUUAUUCAUUGCAAUCCAUCCAUUACAAUAUUAUUGUAUAUUCUAAAGAUUUAUUACAUUAUAUUUAUAUCAUAUUAAUUUUAUUACAUAAUAUUUUAUAUAUUGUGAUGGAAUUUUAAGCUAAUUGUACAGAUAAAUACUAUUAUUAUUAUAAUGUAAUCAAGUAGCAAUGUUAAAUUAUUGAGGUUGGUAUAACUAUAAUAUUUUAAUAAUAUUAUAUGGUUUAUUAGAUACUUUAGUAAUAGGUGCAGUUGUAUAAUAUAAUACAUAAUGUAGGUGCCUACUCAACAGUCAACAAUUAAAAAUGUAAUUUUGCCCACAUUUUAGUUUUUACCCACUACGAGUUAUACAUUUCUUGUAAAGAAUAUUAAUAACAAUAAUAUUAAUUUAAUAUACCUACAUUACCUUCAGGGCUAUAGUGGCGGGUAUAUGGAUGUAGACUCUGUAUAAUUUCUGAUCUUUACGAAUAAACACUAUACCUUCUGGUUAUGGUCAUAUACUCUCUGUCAUGGUAAAAUCACAAAAUAUAUUAUACAAAUUGUAUUAUUAUUAUUAUUAUAAUUAUUAUUUAAAUUUAUUGUUAAUUACGAAAACAUAAGUUAUUUACUAUUUAUGCCUUCUGCUAAAAUAUUAGAUUAGACAAUGUACUUGAGGACAUUACACUUAUACCUGAUAAUGGUAUGGAUAUAACUUAUAGUAUACCCCCUGAUAUUUGUACGACUGCAGCACUGAUUACCUUUAAAAAUAAAAACCAUGUCUUCAAAUCCCCAUGCUUUCAUAAUAUUUUCUGUGAAUUCAUCCAUUAUACCUAUAUAAAAGCACUAUAUGUAUUUACAGUGUUGUCUGUCUGUAUACAGGCAAUACAGCACGUUAGUUCAGUAAUAGACUAAUUUUGAUAAAAUAUGUAGGUACUUGCAAUUAAACACUGAUUGCACAAAUUCACUAAAGCUAUAUGACCUGCCCUAAUCAUAACUUUUAGGCUUCAGCCUGGCUACAAAAAAUACAUAAGGUUUAAGCUCUUAGGAGUACUAAAUUAAACAAAUACGAGUAAAUAUAUUAGCCUCCUGUCAGCCAAAAAUGUAUACUCAAAUUGCGCCAAUCUUAUUUAAUCUAAACAAUUAAAAUAUAAAAUAUUUAUUUUAUAAAUUUCAAUUAAAUACAAAGAAUUAUUUGUUAUAACACAUUUUGUUUAUUCGUCUAUUGUUUUUCGUGAAUUUCUGGGUUAUUUUAUAACAAGGGAAAAACACAAUUAAUAUUCUACAUUACUACUAUGCUCAAUGCUGAGAAUCGUUUUUUCGUUUAUAAUGAUUUAUCGUAGACCAUACAGUAUAUUAUAAACUAAGUUAAAACUGUAUAUGUUAUACCAUUUCAACUAUCUACCUAUAAAAGUGGCCUUAAAGUUUACCCGUGUAAACAGUAAUAACUUUUUGAACUUCAUAACCAGUGGCGUAUUUAGACAAGGGCCGCCAAAGAAUGAAUAACUAAAUAGGUUGUGAGUUGCAGGAAUUUUAUCAUGAAACUAAAAAUAAACGUUAAGAAAUUAUAAUAGAUUACAUAGUUACAGUUAAAUAGCGAUCAUUCUCAAAACUUAAAAUAAUACAAAAUUAUUUACAUUUGUAAUUUAUUAACAUUAUGGGUUUUUCAUUUGCUUCUAUCAUCAGAUAUCAUUAGAAUAAUAUAUAAUUAUUUACUAAUUAUGUGUUAUAUGAUUUAAUUUCUGAGUUCGAGAGAACCUCCACCUCCUAUAGACCCUAAGACUAUUAAAUUCCACGUAACGCUACUGUUCAAUACACCCCCCUCUAUCUAACUUGAGAAUAAAUUCUGGUUGUCCUACUUACUUAGGUAAGUGAGAGGUUGGGUUCAGUGAAGUUCAGUUAUACGAGUUUUGAAAUACCGAUAGUUUUACGAUUUUCGUUUAAAUUUAAUCUUAAAACUCGUAUAAAAAAAAACUCAUACAUUACACUCACAUUUUUUGUUUAACCGCUCAGUAGAUUUUGUAAUGAAUCACACUUUAAUUUUCAAGAAUUUUUCGACAAAUAACUUCCUGCUUAAAAAAUCUAAAUUGUUAAUUUUCAACUACACAAUAAAUACAUGUAAUAAUGAUAUGGAAAAGCGUACACAUAUUAUAUGUAUUUAAAAGAGAAUUUGAAUAAUUCUGUUGAUAAAAUUUCAUUUUUCUAAAAAAUAAAAUUGCAUCUAUGAAAUCACUUCAAACGGGAAGUCUGCCUAAGACUUUUGGAAAAGUUUAGUUUACGAUUCAAACUAUUUUUUUUUAUUUUUGAAAAAUUAUAUUUUUUAAUUAUGAUGGUAUUUUCAAAAAUGACUGUUUAUAGUUAUUUAACCUAUUUAAGUGGAGCGAAGAAGCUUAUGGUUUUAAAAAUAUGUUUAUUUUUUUUUUUUUUCUGUGAGCAAUAUUUUUACCAUAAAUUUUGCUGCGAUUUACAAUAAUAACACUUUUUCUAAAAGGAUAUCUAACUGGGAAGGUACUUUAGACAGGUUAUUUUUCGAUUUUCCAAGGAGUUUUCCUAACAAAUUAGAAAAAUCAGAAAAAAAACAUAGGAACACAGGCAAAAUAAGUACAUCAUUAAAAAAAAUAUAUAAUGCUAAUGUUAUUGUUUUACAUUAUAUUAUUGACAAAGCAACAAUAUAGUACAUGAGCAGAUAGUGUUUUAUCUGCUACUCAACUGCGCUCAGAAUCAUUUUUUUGUUAGUAAUGGUUUUAUCAUUGCUUAUAGAUAUACAUUAAAUUUAUCCUCUAUUACCUUCGUAACUUUUCACUUACAACAGUGGCUGUACCCACGUGCGAAGUUGCUUUUCUUUUUAAACUUAAUUUUCAUAUAAGUACACGGGGAAAAAAAUUCCACAAAAAAUUAUAGUUGAAAAAACAAUUAAAUAUAACUAUUUAAUAGGUAAAAUAAUUAAAAUUUUAUAAUUAUAGUGGUUUGUUGUGGUAAUGUUUACUAUAUUUUAUAGUUACUAUAUAUUUAAAUGUUUUAAUUGCCUUAUAAAUAUAGUUAAAUUAUUUGUAUAGGUAUUGUUGGUCGUGAAUAUAUGAUGUAGAUACCCUUCUCUAACCUUUAAUGUUAUACUCAUACAACAUAAUAUUAUCUAUGUACAAUUUUAUUACCUAGGUAUAUUAUUAUAACAGUAUAACUAAAAGAUUCAAAUAUGACCAAGUAUUUGGUAUUUACUACCUAAAAAAAUGUAAAUAAUUUAAUAAAUAUAACGGAACAUUAGCGAAACUCGAGACGGAUAUAUAUUUAUAUUCUUUACAAAGAAAGUAAUUUAAAAUGUGUCGAAUAUAUAGUAUAGAAAUCCACGCCAUCUGCUGCGGCCCUUUGAGAACACUGUCGCCAGUUAUAAUCUGGGUAUUCUUUCAAUUUCCAAACAACACCCCAGAAAAUAUAAUUUGAUUAUUAGUAAUCGUAUAUCGACACCGACACGAAUGCCAACUGGUCCGUCUUUUUAAGUCUACAAAUUCUAACGGUUUUUCGUUGUUCGGGAAGGAUACAUAUCCAAUUUAUUAGUUCAAUAGAAACAUUUCAAUAUGAGUUAAAUAAAAAUAAAAAAUAGGUACACAACAUCAAUCGACCCUUCGAUGACACCGGCGCACUACUGCACUAGAUACCCUUAUAAUUAUUUCUAUACAAAAUUCAAAUCAACAUGACACUAUUUUUUUAUGAAUGACCUUUUUUUUGCUUAUUUAAACGAAAAAAAGGUAAUGGUUUUUUUAAUUGAAAAUCGAGCGUCUUGACCUCUCAAGAAAUCCGAAGACAAACACUGUCGAGAACCCUGCACACAACACCUAUACGCUCCACUAACUUCUUUCAAAAAUCUCUCUCAAAUAGCUAGCUCAAACUUUUAGCAGCUAAUCCCUCAUGUUUGAUUUCUUUAUUAAUUUAUUUUUAUAAUUCAACCUUUUGUUUUCCUUACUUAAAUCUUAAUUUUACUCGUUAUUUAGUGCACAAUGUUUUGAAGUGUUAAAUACUUAACUAGGGAUAUUUAAAUUGAGUUGUGACUGCCGUUCAACGAAUCCAGGAUUACGCAAGAAUAUCUACAGGUGUAUACCCUGUUCCAACGUUCCAACAUCAUGGGCCGAUAAAACAAUAUUAUAGUUUUAAUUUAUUGGUAUCGUCAUUAUUUUCGGUUUCACGAUUCCGAAUCCCUUAAAACAUCUGGAGGAAGGUAUAGUAAUAUAAUUAGUAAGCUGAACUAUAGACUUUCUCGUACUUAAAAAAUAAUUCUUUGUACAGUCGAGUCGCGAUAACUCGAAGUUGAAGGGGGAUAAAAAUUCACUUCGAGAUACGUAUCACCAAAAACUAAAUAAAUUAUGUUAUAAAGGUAUGUUUUAGUAUCCACUCUUCUAUCUUAUUUUUUGUUUUGUAUUAGAAUAAGUGGAUUUAUUUUCUUUUACUUUUUCUAUUACUACAAAUCUAUCAUAAAUCAUGAUAAUAUUAGGUUGGUAUAAUAUGUUUUCUGUGAUGGUCACAAACUCAUAAAAUAGAAUAUAUUUUGUUAAAAUAAAAUAAUAUAUUAUUAGGUAACGUACACUGUUAAAGUAUCCGGACUAACAUUUAUACUAAUAAAAUAAAAUAUGAUAAAUUAUAUUAUUUACUAUGUGUUAUAAUUAUUAUCUUAGAAGUAAAAACUUAGAUAUUCAAGUAGUUAUGUUGUUAGAGUCCUACGUUCGAUACGCGACGGAAAAUCUGUCACACAUUUGUGUUUUUUGCAUUUUUAUUUCUCUAAUAAAUGUAAUAUAUUAUAGUUACAGUAGUGUCAUUUGAUAAUUUUGUGGGGGGGGGUUGCUGAAAUAUUUUUAUAUUUUACCUAUUACUCCUCCCUCAUCAGAAAAAAAAAUUGUAUUUAUUAUAAACACCUUUUAGUGUAAUAAAUGUAUGUACCUAUCUAUACGUAUGUGAUAAUCUAAUCAUAUUGUGUUGAUCAGAUAAUCUAAAGUUACUAGAUAUAUAUGCAGUAGGUAUGUAUUCCGCUAAAUAAAUUUACUAAACGUACCUAUAAGCAAUAACUACACAACAUAUACUGGGUUUUUCUCUAGAAUAUCAUUUACUGCUAAUUUGUCUAGUAUUCGAUAUUUUGGUAGAUACGUCAUAUGUAAAGCUUAUUUAGAGAGUUUAAAUGAUGUUUACUGCAUUUUAACCUAGUAAAAUCUAUGUAAAAUGGCCUAAUAAACAAUAAGUUUCUAUUCUACAAUAAUCUCAUUUAUACAAAAUUGUUAUAAAUAUGUUAUUGCCUUUUACCUUGGCAGAACAGUAUGCACCUGCGUUUAUUACGAAGUAUUUAUGUACAACUAGCAUAGAGGAUUCGGGGUUUUUUGUAUUAUUUCUAUAAAAUAGACUAUUUAAUAUAAUAAUAUUUAUAGUUAAAUAAGUACAUAAAUGUAGUUCUCCAAUAUUUUUAAAAAAAAAGUCUUAGGGGGAAUACGACACCCGAAUCCCUCCACUGUAAUUACACUAUUCUAUAGUUAUAAGUGCUAAAAUAACUUAACUAUAAUAAUAUUAUAGUGUUAACUAUUAACAUUAUAGCUAUCCCUAUAAAAAUUAUUAUAAUAUAAUAUUCAUACUAUUUUUAAAGUGCAAAUAACUUUUUGUUUUUUCUGCGUAGAUUGUAUAGUAAAAUGCUGACAAAUGCAGAGUAUGUUUGCUCAUUUUGCAGACCGCUCUUUCAUAAAAAUAACCAACCAAAUGAUCAGUAAGUCGUCAUUUUUUUUUUUUUAUUGAUUGAUUACCUAUAAUUUUGUAUUUAAUUCAAUGUUUUUCUAGUAUAAUCUCUUGUUUUGCUUGUCGCUUUUGCGACAAAAUAUUGGAAAGUAAAAUUCAUUUCACUCAGCAUCUUGAAAAUAUACACGAUAUGGCUCGUAAACCAAUAUUAUUUAAAGAAUUACAAGACGAAAGAAACGAGUUAUGGUUUUUUUUGGAUGAUGUUGUCGUAUCAAAAGAUGAACCAAAAACGAUGGUCAUAAAACAUUUCCAUCCACUUUCUUAACAUCAAUUAUUGUUCUUUAAUUUUCAAUGGUUCACACUACAUUAUAUAUCAUAUUGUAAAUACUAUACCGUCUAGGUCUACAGUUAAAUAUAAAUGCACCGCUGACAUUUUUUUUACAAUUUAUACUAUUUAAUUAAUAUUAUAUAUCUACUUUUUUAUUUUUAAUACAUACAAACUAC